UCCCCCAUCCCUCUUUACCCACCCCUCCAUCUCUCUGCGAGAGAUCAUCUCCACAGAUCCAGAGAGAGAGUAGGAGGAGGGGGGAGGGAGAGCCACCUCUAAAGCUUUUCCUUCAGGAGAUCAAUGGGUCCGCCGCAGUUCGGUGACACGACGCAGACGAAGGUCUUCGUCGGCGGCCUUGCUUGGGAAACCCAAAAGGACGUCCUCCGCCACCACUUCGAAAAAUACGGCGACAUCCUCGAAGCCGUCAUCAUCUCCGACAAAUUCACCGGCCGCUCCAAAGGCUACGGCUUUGUGACGUUUAAGGAUGCGGAAGCGGCGAGGAAGGCCUGUGAGGACCCGACGCCUGUGAUCAAUGGCCGUCGGGCUAACUGUAACCUGGCUUCUCUCGGGGCACGUCGGCCGGGCGGCAAGAUCUCGCCGCCGGCAACACCGGCUCCGCCGCAGCUGAACAAGGUCGCGUUUGGGGGAACAGGAGGAGGAUUGCCAACACGGGGAGGGACGACGUUUAACGCAGCGUGGUAUUAUGCGGGCGCACCUACGCAGGCGGUGCCUCCCCAUUUCUACCACCAAUACGCGGGAGGAGUUCCCUUCUAUGCGGCCUCCGGAGGCUUUGGAAGUUGAGCAAUGGUAGCCCUGGAGGCACAUAUCUCUCAAAUCAGUUCUCAUAUCAUGGAGGAAUGGCAUCUCCGAAUGCUAUGUUGCAUGUGCACCCAAUGUAUCAGCCCCAUCAUCAUCAUCAACAACAAUACCAACCUCUAACCAUGGGAUUCUCUGCUGCACACUUUUUCCCUGCAGCAACAACUGGAGCAAUCGCUGUGACGCCCACCAUCACAACCAAACCCAAAAUAGUUCCUUCCACUCCAGUGGAAUAGCACACAGGUUGCAGUUUAAUACUGAGGAGAAAAGGGUCAAAAUGACAUAAAAGCAGCAACCGAAGCAUUGCAUUACCAGAAGAGGAUUUAUUAUUUCUAAUUUGUUUCAUUGGAAUUUAAUCAAAUUCGUCUAUUCUAACGUACAUUACUAUGUAGAAAAGCUCAAAGCAAUUUUCUGCUUAACUCCUUAUUUGCGAGGUGAAAAUUUUUUGGAUGGAGUUAGUAGAAAAGGUCAAUAUGAAUUGUU